AAACCAAACAAACUCGGCUAGCAGGGAAGCUAACCCACCUAACUCAGUGUUAGAAAUUGAAUAGAGAAGAUGAUGAAGGAGGAGAAGAGUCGAGCCGCCCUGGCUGUGAUAGUUCUCCUCGCCGCGAGUUUGUCCGGCGGUGUCUUUUCAGCCAGUUCAGACUGCAGCCCGUCCGCCACAGAGACGAACAGCCCGGUGCGUUUACUGUCGGCUGUGGUCGACGCACAGAGGGCAGAGCAGAGCCAGAGGCGACACCUGGAGGCUCUGUUCAACAGAUAUGGAGAAAACGGCACCAUCUCUCUGGCCGGGUUGAAGCGGCUCUUACAGAACGUGGGGCUGGAUCGCAUCAGGACUGUGAUGGUGCAGCAUCACGAGCAGCCAGGCCACCAUGACCACCACCAUCACCACCACCACCACCACCAUCACCACGACAACAACGACUCGCAUCACCAGAAACACAUCCGCACCGAACCCUCACAGCCCAGGAAGUUUCCCAAGGCCUCCGAAAAUCAAGACGCCACGCAGGGGAAGAAAACGGAGAACCUGGAGAGCCGUCACAACCUUUUUGACAAGAAGGCGGCGGCAGCAGCUCAGGUCGGGACUACGCCUGUGUACAGCGCUCAGCUGGCGGUGAAACCUGAUGAAGCCCAUAAUAGACAAAACGGCAGCCUGGUGCAGCCCAGUCCUGCAGGCGAGGAAACCACCGCUAUGACCUCUGCCAGAGCAGACACGGAGAGCCAGACACAAGCAGCUGCUGUCAGCCAGGGGGACGAUCGCAACCACGACCACGACCACGACCACGACCACGGUCACAACCACGACGAACACGAUCACAACCACGACGACCACAGCUUCAGUCAUGAUCACGGCCAUAUGAACCGAAGCCUGGAGAGUGUAGAGUGUCUGAACGUCUCCAGCAUCCUCUCCUCUCACGGGAUGUCUCAGGAUGUGGGUGUGACCCUCGGAGACUUCAGCCUCCUCUGCCCCGCCCUCCUCAACCAGAUCGAUUUCAGAGCAUGCAUCCUGCACGAAGAUGCCUCUGAGCAUGGCGAGAGAGAUCAUAAACAUCAUAAACAUGCUCACAGUCACCAUGGUGACCACAACCACUCCGACCACAGCGAGCGCACGGGUGGAGAGAGUGGCAAGAACAUUGCAACAGCGUGGGUCGGUGGCUUCGUCUCCAUCACGAUCAUCAGCCUGCUCUCGCUCCUCGGCAUCGUCCUCAUCCCGCUCAUGAACAGAGUUUUCUUCAAGUUCCUCCUCAGCUUCCUGGUGGCGCUGGCUGUCGGCACGCUGAGCGGCGAUGCCUUCCUUCACCUCAUCCCCCAUUCUCAGGGAGGCCACCAUCACCACCACGAGGAUUCUGGGAUGAAUAUGGAGGGACAUCACGCCCACGAUGAGCAAGACGAAAACCUGGACGGCGUGUGGAAAGGACUGACGGCUCUGGCCGGAGUCUACUUCAUGUUUCUCAUCGAACACUUCCUGACGCUGGGAAAAAUGUACAAGGACAAGAAACAAAAGAUCCAGAAGAAAUGGGAUCAGAACGACAAAGCAGAUCCAGAGAAGCAGCCUGCUCUGGAGGAGACUGACCUGAAGCCGCCUGAGGACGUGGAGACUAACGGCGCCGGUGCAUUUGGCGACCACUCCAGCAGCCUGCACGGCGGAAGCGUGGCGGAGGAGGAGCAGGUGAUGCUGGCACCGCAGGUGUCCGUCGUCUCGCCACAGGGUUACAGCCGAUCGUCAGGCGCCACCGCCUACACCGCCGAGGACUGCGAGAACAAAUGCCACUCCCACUUCCACGAUACAGUGGGCCAGGCUGACAGCAUGCACCACCACCACCACGACUACCACCACAUCCUGCAUCACCACCACUCCCAGAACCACCACCCGCACAGCCACUCCCACUCCUACUCAGAACAGCACUUCCAGCAGGCCGGCGUGGCCACGCUCGCCUGGAUGGUCAUCAUGGGAGAUGGACUGCACAACUUCAGCGAUGGCCUGGCCAUCGGAGCUGCUUUCACUGAGGGUCUGUCCAGUGGUCUCAGUACAUCUGUGGCUGUUUUCUGCCACGAGCUGCCUCAUGAGUUGGGUGACUUUGCGGUGCUGCUGAAGGCGGGCAUGACGGUGCGUCAGGCCAUUCUCUAUAACGUGUUGUCGGCCAUGAUGGCGUACUUGGGCAUGGUGACGGGCAUCUUGAUCGGACAUUAUGCGGAGAACAUCUCCACAUGGAUAUUCGCACUCACAGCCGGGCUCUUCAUGUAUGUGGCCUUGGUGGACAUGGUGCCUGAGAUGUUGCAUAAUGACGCCGGCGACCACGGCUUCAGCCACUGGGGCUUCUUCCUGCUCCAGAACGCUGGCAUCCUGCUGGGCUUCUGCAUCAUGCUGCUCAUUGCCAUUUUUGAGCACAAAAUCCAGCUGGACCUUGGAUACUGAAGGGGGGGGUCCAGUUCAGUCCAGUCCAGAGCUUCCUGUCCAUUCCAGUGUCUGCGUCAAGACGUGUAGUGUGUUUUUAUUUGUAGUCGUAGACGGACCGAGCACAGUCGGCUUGAUUUAGUUUGUGUUUUCACAUCGUGUAGAAAGAGGCACUGUUUCAAAUAGGUUUAGGAAGUAGCCAUGUUGA